GCUAAACGGCAGCGUAAACGACACGCCCAGUCGCAACGCUGGACGGUGACGUUUGCAAAUCUGAUGUUUGCGCUUUGUGGCUGUUAGCUGGAAACGCCACACUCUCAAACAGCAAAACAAGCUUAAUUCAAGGGAAAUGUCGAUGUGAGGAUAUUAAAAAGAGAAGCCCUGGACAUUUGUUUCGGAUUCACGCUUUCUGGCUUCAAACCUGUUACCUGAAGGCCUGCUGUGAGAGGAAAUCCACGGACUGAACUGCGACUCCAGGCCGGUCUGAGAGGACAUGCCACCGGAGAGAAAGCUGCUCAAAGCUCGCCCUUUUUCGCGUGUUUUACUCGUAAAACAAACGGCAAGUGCCUGAACUAAAACCAAAAGACUUUUAUAAGACAUGAGACUGUCAAACUGACAUGAAAAUUUUGUUAAAACAGACCGAGGAGGUGGGGUUUAUGGAGUGUUAGCAGACGGUGCUGAUAAGCAGGUAACGUUAGAGUACCUACUCUGAUAGAAACUCAUAAGUGAUGAAUUAUAUGUUAAGAACUCAGAAACAGGAAAGCCUGAGCAUGUAGAUAGUCAUAAUAAUGUUUUGUCAGUAAGGUCAACUACUUAUUUAGCGACAUUUACCUUAAAUAAAGCUUUAGUAUUUUGUAUGCGCAAUUGACAGAUUAUAUAUUAUAUUUGCUAGGAAACAUUAUUUAAAACAACAGUUCUUUGAUUUUUGAGGGAGGUUGAGGUCUACUUAUCUCACCACAAGUGUUGCAAUCACCUGUAAGACCAGUGUGAGGUAAUAGUCAUUUUCUCUCCUCUGUCUUCAUCAAAGGCACCAUCCCAAAGUUUCAUAUGUUGCAGAACCUCUGUUGAUGAGGUCACACUCCAUGCAUGUUGAUGUCUGGGUUCCAGCUCCUGGUUGUGUUCCUCAUGUUUGACACAAGCUGCUGAUUUCUUAGGGUCACCAUUUCUGGAGCGUUUGCAUCUGAGGACUUGAAUCCAUCAGGAUGAACCGUUACCUGCCAGUGGCACGGCAGCACUUUCUGAGUGCUCUCGCGAGCACGAGCGUGGUGGUCAAAUCCAUAUGUGCCACAGUAAUCCUGUUGUACCUGCUCUCCUGGGCUGCUAACACCACUUACCUGCUUGGCGUCACACCUGGCUUCCUUUUUCCACCCAACUUCUGGAUUUGGACGCUUCUGACCCAUGCGGUGGUGGAGCAGCAUGUUUUUGGUGUGGCGGCAAACAUUGCUACCGUGAUGGUUGCCGGGCGGCUUUUGGAGCCAUUAUGGGGAGCGCUGGAACUGCUGAUUUUCUACGCUGUGGUAAAUGUAGCAGCCGGCCUCCUAUCUGGACUCUCCUACCUUCUCACCUACGCUGCGACCUUUGACCUGGACUACCUGUUUGCCGUGCGGGUGUACGGCGCACCCGCUUUUCUUGGGGGUGUUCUUGUUGCGCUGAAGCAGACUGCGGGUGACACCACAGUGCUUCGAGUUCCUCAAGUACGCUUGAAAGCUGCCCCGGCACUAGCUCUGCUCGCAAUAGCUGUACUGCGGCUAGCGGGGCUGCUGGACACUUCAGCUUCACUAGCAGGGUGUGGGUACGGCGCUCUGUCUGGGUGGGUUUACCUGCGCUUCUACCAGAGGCACCCUAGGGGGCGUGGAGACAUGUCGGACCACUUUGCCUUCGCCUCUUUCUUCCCAGAGGCACUCCAGCCGGCUGUUGGGUUCGCAGCCGGGCUUGUGCACGCCGCCCUUGUGAAGAUGAAAGUUUGUCGUAAAAUGGUUAAGCGCUACGAUGUUGGGGCUCCGUCCUCUAUCACCAUCAGCCUGCCAGGCACAGACCCUCAAGAUGCAGAAAGGCGGAGGCAAUUGGCAUUGAAAGCUCUGAACGAGCGUCUAAAGCGUGUGGAAGACCAGUCGGCUUGGCCCAGCAUGGAAGAUGAGGAGGAUGAUGAAGAUGAGGAGGUGCGGACAGACACUCCUCUCCUUUCAAGCCGAGAGACUUUGCCACCAGCACCCAGCACCACACAAAAUCCUACGGGACAACAGGAGUCCAGCAUCAUAAGUUUCGAAGAUGCUCCAACCCAUUCCUAACAAACACAGACACACACAAUCCUUAUUUUUGUCCUGCAGAGUUCAAAUUAACCUUACAAAAAUGCUACUGGAGAAAUGACACACACACUAUCUUGGUAAAGUUUUACAUAGACAAACAAGGAGUUGCCACUAAAUGAACACAUUACCCAAAUAAGUAAACUAAAUGACAAAGACAUCCACACUCAGUUUUUCAGCUGUACAAAAAGCCCUGGACUAGCCUGAAUCAUAGCAACUACAGUGCUCCAGUACUUCUGCUUUGUUAAAACAAGAAUAUCUUCUCUCCCUCUGGCCUCUUGUGUAAGGUUUCUGGGGUGUAUCUUUUCUGAAUAAAUGCUCUAAUGGUUGAUGGGAUUGAAACUCUGUUUUUAAAUGUAUGGCAGACUCUACAAAAUGUUUAUGGGUUGCCUCUUUUUGUUGGGUGUUUUUUGGGCUUUAUCAGGAAAAAGACAAUAUUUCUGAUAUUUAUUGAGCAGACCAUGGGACUUCUUGCUGCUUACUGAUGUAACAGCAUCAUUAGAAUGUCUGGAACGUCAAGAGCUGGAUUGCUUAAAGUGAAGAUUGUUUGCAAAUUUUGGGACUUUUCAAAGAAUGUGAUCUCUAAUUUAAGGUUCUGCUUUCACAGGAUGUGGCCCUUUGAUAUCCUGUUUUCAGUCAUGGCGAUUUGAUAGGUGGAGGCAUAGAGAGGAGAGAGUUGGAUACAGUCAUGUCAAAGAUAUUUUUGUUCAGAGUAGUUUGAAAUGAUGAUAGCAAUACAGAAUCUGAUUCUGUCCCCUGUUGUACCCUUUUCCUCAACUGUACUUUAAUGAUCUGUCUAUAUGUGUUGGCUUUGAUAAGAGUGUUGCACUCUAAAUUAUGAGCUUACAUUAUGGACCUGUUUUUAUAAAACACAGAUUGUCUACACAAUGUGGCUUGAGUUUCAUUUAAUGCAGAUUCUGACAAAUAGCUCAGCUAUUUCUUUGGAGAAAGCUGGUUAUGUAUGAUUUUUGGGUAGGGUUCCUGAAAUUUUCACUAAUAUUUUUUAACUUUUUUUUUUUUUUUCUUUGGGGUUUUUAUUACUAGUAAUUGUUGACCUGUUUUCUCAUGGUUACAAGGCAUCAGCCUUGAUGCUUCUCUGGCAGUGUCAUUCUCUGAUUCAGGUUUCAGCCUAAUUUUCUGAUCUCUCUCCAUCUGUAAUAAAGAUUGAAUGAAGAACA